AUGUCAAGACGUGCUCGUCCAUUCUACACUCCGAAAUAUGAUUUGUCAAACAUUGCUAUUGGCUCCUCUGACGUACUGACAAUAGCGGUGGCUUCUUUGCCUUCGUUGUUCUGUGUGCCUUUUAAAUUAAUAGAUAGUUCACAUGUAUUCUCUGAACGUGUGACUAAGUAUGCACCAACACAAAUUUUUCAUGAUAUCAAAUACGUUCAAACUUACAUUCUUUUUGUAUUGUUGAUUUAUCCAGGUUAUCGGAAUAUGUCUUCGCUACUCUAUUGUAGAAGUACCGUCGUGACUUGUAUCGUAUUGAUGCCAGUCAUGUGGCAUAUGUGGAUCGUGGCUGGUUCUGGCAAUGCAAACCUUUAUCUUGCUUUGAUUCACAAUAUCUCAACAACAUUGGUGACCCCAAAGACCAAUUUUUACUUAAUUCAAUCAUUUAAUCUUCUUUUUAUCUACAAUGAUCAACAAGAAGAUAUUCGCGUAACAAAGGUUUUGGUUGUUGAACACCAAUCAGCGUUUUAUGACAGCAUCAAUGGUCAUCGAACGCUCCUCGGAGGAUCCUUGUCAGACGUUGGACGACAAGGAUUGGUUUUGCGAGCUCCGACUUUAAAGCAACAGUGGGCCUUGGAAGUAAGACAAUAA